AUGACCAUUCCUACUUUAAUGGGCCUGAUUCAUUAUAAGAAAGGGUUCUCCUGGUCCGCAGUUUUUGUCAGCUUUCCGUGGAAUAUAAACCACACCUCAAUCGAACACGAAAGACGACCUACAGAUAAAUACCGCAACCCUGGAACGAAAAAAGGAACAGUGGGGGAUCUCCUAAUAACAAACCGACGAAAACAUCACUUUGCACACGAGGAAGUUGGGAUAGACUCUCCAAUUCGACAAGCAAAGCCUGCCCCGCUGCACAAGGGAUGCGUUAGAGCUGUAUUCCAAGAUAAUGACGACGAGAAGAAACAGUUGGUGAAGAGACGGAGACGGAACUCUGCCACUGGGAAUGAACGAAGUUGUCUUACGACACUUACCGAGGACGAGAUGCCCUGCCGCUUAUCCUCAACACUAGCAACCGCAAGUACUUACCAAGUAUAUGGAGCCGGCCAAUUUGUAAUCGUUGCCACCCAAGCGUACGAAAGAAAAGAUGACGAUUUCAGCAUCAAGGAAAUGAUUGAUAUCAUUGUUAAAGAAAAACCAAGCAAGAUGAAGAAGGUGACGAGCAAUGCGGCAAAUGAUGUACUUACCAAGUAUAUGGAGCCGACCAAGCAAGAUGAAGACGGUGACGGGCUGCGUACUUACUAA